AUGCCUUCUCACAAGCCCAAGGCCGCCGAGGUUGCCAGUGAAACGAAACGAAACUACAUCCCCCUCAUCAAGAAUGACUACGCAAGCGUCUGGCCUACUCACUCGUACCUUUUCCGCAAUCCUCUUGAGCAGAACCUCUUGAGCAAUAUUCCUCAUGAUUUGGCACCUUCCCCGCCCCACUUUUCGGUCUACAACAACGACCCGGUGGAUUUCACAAUCGAGUGGGAACGACUUAGAGAGCGACGUAUACCGUUUAUCUGCGCUGCCAACGACAAACGCCCAGGUGGUGAUUGGGAAACCGGAGUGGUUGGCUAUGAAGAGCGUUUCUGUCGUCGAAGCAACCUUUCUGCUACCUUAAGUACUCCCGGACCUGAAUCGCUAGAGGAGUGCAACUACCCUAUUCCUUCCGAGGGUGGGGUGUUCUCCGAGUUCGUGGUCGUAUUCAGAGGCCCCCACGAUCAGUAUAAGAGGCUCGACCUCGACCAGUGGUGCGAUCUACCCGUCGUCUCUAUUCCAGCCGCCCGCUGGCCCAAAUUGAGCAACAUGGGGACUAAGUUUGCUUUUCCACUCGAGCGAGAGAUGGUGAGAGGCAAGAUCCGCGCGGCUCUCACGAUCUGUGCCUACUAUAAGUAUCGCGAGGUUGUGAUAGGGGACUUCGGGCUCGGCAACGGAACCCGGAAUCCGCCGCGCGAAUUAGCUGAGCUAUGGCGUGAAGUGUUCCUCUAUGAUCCAGAUUUGCGUGGCAAGUUUGACUACGUCGCCUUCGUUUUCGAGGAUAUGUAUCAAAGCACGACCAAACUUAUCCUCGAUGACAUCGCGAAGAAGAGCAAGGGAGGCAGUUCCAGCUCGAAGAGCAAGUCCAAGUCUCACAGCUCAUCGUCGUCCAGCUCCAGCGCAAGUGGCAGCCAGUCCACCCCUAGUGACUUCGAUAUCUUCAGAGCCGUCUUCGACCUGUCCGAGAUACAGAGCGUUCUGAGCCGCCCAGACCCCCGAUACGGGAUCUCCAUGCUCACCAGCUGA